AUGUGGCGCAUCGGGAUAUCUGUGUGGCAACACACAUGGCAUGAGGCGGUUACACGUGGAAAAGGUUGGACACACAACAUGUCGCAUAAAGCAAAAUGUGGUAUGGACGCGACGCAUCCACAAAAGGGGUGCGACGCGGAUGAUCCGAUCCGCAAGGACCAUGAUUGGGAAUUGUUUGAUCGUCUUUCUCUGAGGAAGAGGCAAAAUAGAAUCAACUUGAAUUCGGGACCACUAUUCGAAAUCUUAGUGAAACACUGGAUUUGUUAUCUCAUGUCUGCUUUUCGUGAAAAAAUACCAAUUGAAGUGGAGGGUUUUUUCAAACAACAAGGGGCUGGGUCAACUAUUAAAUCAAAUGAUAUUGAGCAUGUUUCCCAUCUCUUCUCGAGAAACAAGUCGGCUAUUUCUUUGCAAAAUUGUGCUCAAUUUCAUAUGUGGCAAUUCCGCCAAGAUCUCUUCAUUAGUUGGGGGAAGAAUCCGCCCGAAUCGGAUCUUUUGAGGAACGUAUCGAGAGAGAAUUUGAUUUGGUUAGACAAUGUGUGGUUGGUAAACAAGGAUUGGUUUUUUCGCAAGGUACGGAAUGUAUCGUCAAAUAUUCAAUAUGAUUCCACAAGAUCUAGUUUCGUUCAAGUAAGGGAUUCUAGCCAAUUGAAAGGAUCUUCUGAUCAAUCCAGAGAUCAUUUUGAUUCCAUUAGUAAUGAGGAUUCGGAAUAUCACACAUUGAUCAAUCAAAGAGAGAUUCAACAACUAAAAGAAAGAUCGAUUCUUUGGGAUCCUUCCUUUCUUCAAACGGAAGGAACAGAGAUAGAAUCAAACCGAUUCCCGAAAUGCCUUUCUAGAUAUUCCUCAAUGUCCCGGCUAUUCACGGAACGUGAGAAGCAGAUGAUUAAUCAUCUGCUUCCAGAAGAAAUCGAAGAAUUUCUUGGGAAUCCUACAAGAUCCGUUCGUUCUUUUUUCUCUGACAGAUGGUCAGAAUUUCAUCUGGGUUCGAAUCCUACUGAGAGGUCCACUAGAGAUCAGAAAUUAUUGAAGAAACAACAAGAUCUUUCUUUUCUCAGGCGAUCGGAAAAUAAAGAAAUGGUUAAUCUAUUCAAGAUAAUUACGUAUUUACAAAAUACCGUCUCAAUUCAUCCUAUUUCAUCAGAUUCGGGAUGUGAUAUGGUUCCGAAGGAUGAACCGGAUAUGGACAGUUCCAACAAGAUUUCAUUCUUGAACAAAAAUCCAUUUUUUGAUUUAUUUCAUCUAUUCCAUGACCGGAACAGGGGAGGAUACACGUUACACCACGAUUUUGAAUCAGAAGAGAGAUUUCAAGAACUGGCAGAUUUAUUCACUCUAUCAAUAACCGAGCCGGAUCUGGUGUAUCAUAAGAGAUUUGCCUUUUCUAUUGAUUCCUAUGGAUUGGAUCCAAAACAAUUCUUGAAUGGGGUAUUCAACUCCAGGUAUGAAUGGAAAACGACAUCUUUAUUGGUUUUAUUGGUUCUACUUCCUAUUUUUUAUGAAGAGAAUGAAUCUUUUUAUCGAAGGACUUACUAUAGUUGUUGGUAUUAUUAUAACACUGGGACCUUAAACUCUUAUAAUGGUUUAAAGUUUUUGUAA